CUGGAAGUUGAGAAGGAGGAGAAGAGAAAAAUAAGUUGCUGCUUUAAGGGAAGAGAGGAGAGAUAGAGAGAGGGUUUGGAUCAGUGAGCUGCUCAAAUCUUGUGUUGGUUUUUUUUUUUACCCCCUCCCCUUCUCUCUCUUCCCACGGGCUCCUAAUUUGGGAUUUGUUUAAAAGCGGGACUGCGCCCCAGGAAGACUUUUCCUUGCUGGGGAAAGGGAACCCUACUCCCUCUCUCUCGCACUAUACACACCCGCACAUACACACUUGCUCCCCAAAAUGUCUGAUUCCACUGUCAACGCUCACUUGGAAGGGAUCAUAUCAGACUUUGAAGCGCUGAAACGGUCGUUUGAGGUGGAGGAGACGGAUUCAUCCACACACCCUUCUCCCCUGUCUCGUCGGACCACCAACCCCCUCCGCUCAUCCACCUCCUCCACGUCCAGCCAGCGGAGCUACGACCUGAGUUCCCGCAACUCCGACUACUCCUCUACCAGAUCUUCCCCCUCCGAGUCCUCCAAUCCACGUUCCCCAAAGACCGGCAUGAGGCGUGUUGAGUUAUCAGGGGGUCGUAACCCUGACACAGCCUCUUCCCGCCGCACAGAAAUUUCUAUUGAGGUCUCCUCGAAGCAGAUCGACAACUCGCCCAGUGCUGGCAUCGCCCGCUUUGGCCUCAAGCGACCUGAGGUCAGCCUGAGCAGUCGGAGUACUCCCCUGGACAGCUCCUCCAACUCCAUCUCCAGCUCCACAAACAGGCGGGCAGAGCUGAGCAUGACGCGGCCCAGUGAGCCCCCCGCCCCUCCCAGGAGGAUGGAUGCCCAGCUGUCCUCAGCCCCAGUCUCAAGGAUCCCUGAGCCCCCUCAGAGAAGAGCAGAGCCCCCAUCCCCGAUCCUCAGCCCAGCUGAGGGGGCCCCCAGGAGGCCUGAGAUGCCGGUCUUCAGGCAGCCAGAUGGUUUGGUGGCAGGCAGUGCAGUGGAGAACAACAACCACCCGCCUCCUGCCCCUAGUGCUCCCCUGCCUUCCCUGGCAGAGCCAAGGGUGGAGAGGGUGCAGUCACCCGUCACAGAGCCGCCGCCCACAGCCCGACCAACAAACCGGCCGGAAGUGAUUUCCAGCUACAGCAGCAGUGCCAUGUCUGAGGCGGUGGUGCCGGAUGCUAUGGUGUCCCCAGCAGUGGGUGGACUUCAUGGGGAGAAGGCUGGUGGCCCUGCGGUGGACUUCAGUUAUGUGGGCAUUGACGCCAUUCUGGAGCAGAUGAGGAGGAAGGCCAUGAAGCAGGGCUUUGAGCUCAACAUUAUGGUCGUGGGACAGAGCGGCCUGGGAAAGUCUACUCUGAUGAACACGCUGUUCAAGUCUAAAGUCAGCCGUAAGUCGGUGCUGGCGACGGCCCAGGAGAAGAUCCCCAAAACGAUCGAAAUAAAGUCCAUCAGUCACGAUAUCGAGGAGAAGGGAGUGAGAAUGAAGCUGACAGUCAUUGACACACCAGGCUUUGGAGACCAGAUCAACAAUGAGAACUGCUGGCAGCCCAUCAUGAAGUUCAUUAAUGACCAGUACGAGGCGUACCUGCAAGAGGAGAUCAACAUCAACAGGAAGAAAAGGAUUCCAGACUCCAGAGUCCACUGCUGCAUAUACUUCAUCCCCCCGACCGGACACUGUCUGCGGCCUCUUGAUGUAGAAUUCAUGAGACGUCUCAGUAAGGUGGUCAACAUUGUCCCAGUCAUUGCCAAGGCAGACACGCUCACCCUGGAGGAGAGGGACUUCUUCAAAAAGAAGAUCAGGGAAGAGCUGCGAGCCAACGGGAUCGACGUGUACCCUCAGAAAGAAUUUGACGAGGAUGCCGAGGACAGAAUGAUCAACGAGAAGAUCAGGGAGAUGAUCCCAUUUGCUGUGGUGGGCAGCGACCAGGAGUACCAGGUCAAUGGCAGGAGGCUGCUGGGGAGGAAAACCAAGUGGGGAACCAUUGAAGUUGAGAACAUAGCCCACUGUGAGUUUGCCUAUUUACGGGAUCUCCUCAUCAGGACCCAUAUGCAGAACAUUAAGGACAUCACCAGCAGCAUCCACUAUGAAAUGUAUCGCGUGAGGCGCCUCAAUGAGAAUAACACGGUGAUGGCUCAUGCCAAUGGUAUCCCAGAACAUCAUCUUGCCGCCCACGAGAUGUAGACGCCACCUGCCCCUCGCUGCAGUUGACCUCAACUGGGUGUAACUCAUUUGCUAUGAGACUUUGAAUCUUCAUUGACAGUCUUCCCACCACUCCAGCCCUCCACUCCAUCCACCCCCAUCUCAUAGGUGGGAUAGAAACUUAAAAGCCUGCCAGAGGGACUUUAUUUUCAAUGACUUUCGGCAGCCGAACGGACCGUUCAUGUCAGUUUAUUGCCUCAUUAACAAACUCUAUCCUCUCACUACCGCUGACAAAGAGUCAAAGGAGAAGUUUCAUUCUUUGUAACGUGCAGCAGCUUGAUUUUUACCUGCUUCCAGAUCUUACAGUUAACCUUUGCGGUUUUUAUUUGGGGUGCCAAAGAUUAGGCAUCUGCCGAACUAGAACGGACUGACGCUCAAUAUCCGUCAACGUCAGAAUCGCCUUCCUCAGUAACAUGUUAAUCUCGUCCACUUUUACUUUAAGUUUGAUGUUUUUUAGCAGUGCUUAUAAGAAUUCAUACCUAACAGAAGCACCGUUUUCUGUCUUUAUGCACGCCGCUGUAUCAACGUAUGUGGGGAAGUGAUGAUAUUCAUUAUUGCACUUGAUCACUACAUAGUCUGUCAUUGACAAGCGUGAUGGAAAGGAUGCCGGGCAGCACUUUUCCCAACACGUGACACACAUACAGACACACCGGUCUGUCUGUGUGAUGCAGCGUCAUUCAGCUCUCUCCUCAUAGUAAAACAAAAAAAGGUUAUCAAAUAAGCACAUCGUAUGUUUGAGUUUAUCUUUUUUUUGUCACAAGCUGUGUUUCGCUUUAGCUGUUAAAUGUUCAUUUCAUGUUAAAUAUAGAUGUCAGGCCCUUGACAUCUUUUUUAAAUUCCCAAUAAUAAAUGUCAUUGUUUAUUAAUAGAAAUAUCUUAAGAGUGAUUUAAGAUGAAAAAGUAUUUAUGCACGGUAUAAAAUGUGAAAGUUUGCCAUUAGUUGUGGGCCACUUCUUCAGAUUAUCCACCCACACACAAAUACAUACACGCACACACACAAACACACACACACACACACACACACACACACACACACACACAUACUUUUUACUGCUUUUGGGCCCAUCAUAGUGCCUUAUUUAUUGGAGAAUGUUUGCUAGCAUGUUGGCUGAAACUGGAAAGAGAGCAGGUUUGUUGGCGCCAAGUCGAGCUACAUUUAGAUAUUUUUCAACCCUUUUCCCUCGUUUAUCUGGAAAAGAAAUCUAGUUUUCAAUUGACCAGUCCGCUCCUUUCUUCUAUUUUCCAUAAUAUACCAAGGAUCUGUUUGAACCAUAUAUAAUUCCCUAAGCUGUCACUGUCAUGCUCUGUCCUGUAUAUUCUUCUGUGUUCUGAUGCAUUUUUUUGUACUUGUAUUAUGAUAAUAACAAAUUUUUCCUUUUAUCUUAUUUUAAAGAAAUAAAGAUUAAAGUUGUAAAUAUA